AUGGAGCUCCCUCGAAGCCUCGACUCCUACAGGGACGACAAUCUCAUCAUUCAGGACUAUGACGGCAUUUUUGCAGUCCCGCGUCCUCUUCCGGCUCUUUCAACCGACACACUUAUCAAAUGCAUGUUUGACGCUUACAAAAACAACAUCAAGGUGCGCCUCAUGGCUCUCACAGACAUCACCCCUUGUCUCUGCGCCGUUGCUCCGAUUGAGAGAAUUGAGCCUGGUAUGGUGGCCCUGGUGGUCACAUCGGAAGUGGAGUACUACAAGCUGCUCAGGAGCAAUCCCGAAGAUGGCCAGCCACGAUCAGCUUCCUUGUCGAUCUUUUCAAUGUACAAGGAUUCAUUUGACUUGAUUGAGAAAGCCGGGACUGUCGUUCUGGCCUGGAGAUUCUACGGCGUUGAUGAUUCUCCUUUCAUGGAUCGUCAGGGUAAAGUGUUACCUCUUAGAGGUAAUACCCACCCAGAUCUAUCUUAUCCAUCCCUGCAGGGUCAUCGAUCCCCUUCGCCUCUACAGACUGAGAGCAGUGAAGCAGCUGAAAUCAAGACUUUGCGACUCGAGCUAAGUCAAGCGAAAGCCGAGGCGCUGAACAACAGAAUCCUCAAGGAGUACAUGCAAGCGAAGUGGUUAGUGACCAUUUAUGACUACGAAGACCAAGUCACCGAUAGACGUACCACCGAGAUAAUCAAGAACUGCAUUGCAAAGAGAUUUGAGCAGGCGCAGAAGACACGCGGUAAGCUGCAGAAGAUUGUUAGGCUGGCCACAGAGAAGCACGUUGAUAGCAUGGCGGAGGAGAUGACCAAUGAUAAGGAUGAGGAGGCGACCAGACCUCUUACAAAAUAUGACUAUGAGGUUUUUGAGCGGACUUUUUUCGCUGCUAUUAAUGCGAUUAAGAAUGAUGAGGUGAGGGAGAAGUAA